GGGACUGUGACUACAUGGAGAACGCCUUCUGGGGCUGCAGCUCACCCACGCUCUGCUCCAGUGACCCUUUAGCAGGGGACCAUGGAGAGCAGGUGCUGAGAUCGAGUGCUUGGCAGAAGCAGCAGCGGGCUGGUGAAGAUGGAGAAUGGCACAGGAGACGAGCAGAACCAGACUGGGCUGCCACUAUCAAGCCAGGAGAUCAUUACAGCCGAAUACCAAGUGGUUACCAUCCUCUUGGUGCUCCUCAUCUGCGGGCUGGGCAUCGUGGGCAACGUCAUGGUGGUUUUGGUGGUCCUCAGAACGAAGCACAUGAGAACUCCCACUAACUGCUACCUGGUGAGUCUGGCCGUGGCAGAUCUCAUGGUGCUUGUGGCUGCAGGGCUGCCCAAUAUCACCGAGAGCCUGUACAGAUCCUGGGUGUACGGCUACGCCGGGUGCCUCUGCAUCACUUAUCUCCAGUACCUGGGAAUCAACGCCUCUUCUUUUUCCAUCGCUGCCUUCACCAUUGAGAGGUACAUAGCCAUCUGCCACCCAAUCAAAGCUCAAUUCCUGUGCACUUUUUCAAGAGCCAAAAAGAUCAUUCUUUUUGUUUGGGCUUUCACCUCCAUCUACUGUAUGCUCUGGUUUUUCUUGCUAGACCUUAACACAGUAGCCUACAAAGAGACUACUGUUGUGUCCUGUGGCUACAAGGUCUCCAGGAGCUAUUACUCUCCUAUCUACAUGAUGGACUUUGGUAUAUUUUAUGUUGUGCCAAUGGUAUUGGCGACUGUGCUCUAUGGCCUGAUUGCUAGGAUACUGUUCCUGAACCCCAUCCCUUCAGACCCAAAAGAAAACUCUAGGACCUGGAGGAAUGAUGUGGCUCACCAAAGCAAGCCUGUGAAUACCAAGAUGACUAACAGGAGUUUCAAUAGCACUGUUGCUUCUCGAAGGCAGGUCACCAAGAUGCUGGCCGUGGUUGUGAUCCUGUUUGCAUUCCUGUGGAUGCCCUACCGCACCCUGGUUGUCGUCAAUUCCUUUCUUUCCAGACCCUUCCAAGAAAACUGGUUCCUGCUAUUUUGCAGAAUCUGCAUUUAUUUAAAUAGUGCCAUCAAUCCUGUCAUUUACAAUCUCAUGUCCCAGAAAUUCAGAGCAGCCUUCAGGAAACUGUGCAACUACCAGCAGAAGCAGGAGAAGAAACCUGCCAGUUACAGCACGGCCCUAAAUUAUAAUGUCAUCAAGGAUUCUGAUCAUUUCAGCACUGAGCUAGAAGAUAUUACCAAUACCUACCUGUCCUCUGCAAAACUGUCCAUUGGUGAUACCUGUUUGUCAUCCAAGGCCUGAAGCCCACCUCGUUCUGAGUGUGCAGCCUUGUAAGAGGUUUGGAUGCUCUGUUCCCACCCACUGUAUGAAUUGUAAGGACAUUUCCACUCACAGAAUUGCAGAAGCUACCAUAAAUCUUUUCAUACCUGUGGGUGCCCUACAGGAAAAUGCAGCAUCUUGGGCAGUGAAAAGAGUGAAUUAUUGAGGCUAACUGGAUGAAGUACUCAAUACAACCUAAAUUUAGCCAGGUGAAUUGGCUCCAGGAGAAUACCUAAAUCCUUCUUCCCAUUACCUGGCUGAAGAGUGGUGUGUUAUCUCAGAAUGAGCAAGGCUUGCCAGGACAUGUCCAUGGACACAGAGUGGGGCAGGGGAUGAUACUCCCUGUGAAGAUGAGAGGUGAGGAGAGGAGCUGCUCUAAUGUGUGCCUGCACUGGGCAGUACCCAGGGGACCUUCCAACAGCAACCCAAAUUACUGCCGAUAGCAGUAAUUACCUGCCAGUGACUCCCUCAGCCCACAUCAGUGCAAAUCUCAUUGCAGCCAUCACAGCACGCUUCAAUAAACAGGUGUCUGAUGGCAAAGAGCACAAAAUCUUUCUUUUCUUUGGUUUAUUUUUACCUUGGGCAGUGUGAAACAUGAAGACUAUUCAAUGAAUGUGCAGCUGGAAACAAACAAAAAGUCAGUAAGAAGCAUUUAAAAUAGCUUAUCUUUUUCAGCAAUUAGGUUUAUAGAUGUACCACUUUAAAUGUAAGUCUCAGCUAUUACUGAAUCCUGUUGGAAAUUGACAGAUAUUGAAGAGUAUGUAACAGGCUUUUAUCAGCUCCUUUUAUCUUGGUUCAAUACCAAUUUUGUCUACGAGCACUAGAAGGGGUUUAGAGCUUUAAUAUUGAUAAUAUCUGGGGAAAAGAGGAAAAUUCAGAGAAAAGUAACACUUUUCAAAUGUUUAAUGUUUUUAAAAUUUAUCUAUUAGAACACUUCAGGACAUAAAGUGUUGUCAGAGGAAAAGUCAUCCUGGCUUUUUACUUGCCAGCAUAGCCCCUUCCCUGCCCUUCCCACACAGGCCUGUGAUGAGCAGCCUGGGGCCAGUCUCCCUGAUGUAGCUACAGACAAAAUAUCAUGUCUUGCUUUGGCUUUGCUCUAGACUUGCUGUUGUUCUUGCUAGAAGUUCAUUUUCUCACUUCUGUGCUGCAGAAGCCCAGUAAAGUGCCCGUGUGUUCCUGUGUGUCAUGAACAUUUUACACAUGACAUUUGUACAUGACAUUCAAAAACCUGUAAAAAAGCUGAUUCACAGAAUCACAGAAUAGGCUGAUUUGGGAGGGAUCCAGAAGGAUGAUCGAGUCCAGCUCCCAGCCCUGCACAGCCCCAUCCCCAAGAGUCACAAACCUGCCCAGUGUGGGUGAAAGAGGCAGCCUCUACAGCAUCGUAAGGCUUUCCUAUCCAGUAUCAUUUUGCCUGCACUGCCACUUCCCUAAUUCAAGCUACUUCCACUAAUAUUCAACUAUAUUUGCAAACUUAAAGGGAACUAAAAAUACCCUGAUAGGCCUCUCAGAUUUAAGCGUUAAAACCAUGAACCUAUCAAACAUUGCUCAGAGAGGUUGUGGAGUCUCCUUCACUGGACAUAUUCAAGAACCAUCUGCACUCAGUCCUGUGCCAUGUGCCCUGGGAUGACCCUGCUUGAGCAGGGAGGCUGGACCAGAUGACACACUGUGGUCCCUUCCAACCUUUCUCAGUCUGUGAUUCUGUGAUUUUGCAGUCUGUGUCCUGCUCUGUCUGCGUCCUUGCUUUCUCCUGUUUCACCUUUGCGGAGCUCCACAGGCACUCUCCAGCUUGACAGAGUGAUGGCAGGGCUUGGAAGGGACAAACAGCAAGGAGGUUUUAACCAGCAGAGUAGGUGUGACCAAAUUCCAGAAGCUGGCAGAGCUUUGUCUGGAGCAGAUCCAGAAGCAGGACUCAUGCAGGCCAUGUUGCAGUCUUUCCCAAAUCCUCUGCAUUUCCCAGCUUGCCAGGUUGUCUCUCUGAGCGGCACAGGCCACCAGGCAGGCACAUGCAGUGGUGUCUAUUUCUGUGGAGAUGUCUGAACCCCCACAGGACUGGAAGGGCAAUGCCCAGACUGCUUCUAAAAUAAUAAGAAAGAACUAAAAUGACAGAGUAAGUCAUGUGUCAGACAAGUAAGCAAAGCUGGCUAGGGCUCAAGAGUCAGAGAGAAGGAUACUGAUGCAUUCUCAAAUUAGCACCUAGCAAUUAAUCUCAUAAAUACAACUCUAUAGCUGUGACACACACUUUGGGCAAACCCUUCCUUUGUAGAGCUUGAUGUGAAAAUACAGAGUUCUAUAGCAUCUUCCUGCUUACACUUGCUUAAAGCUACAGGUUGCCAUGAUAAGGGAAA